ACGUCAAAACGUUCAAAAGAAACAAACAAGUAGGUAGUAACUAAACUACCUAGGUAUUAUUUAUCUGGGAAAGAAACGGGAAAUUUAUCAACUUUAAUUUCUUAUUUAUUUGAAGCUGAGAAUUAUUUAAACAUAAAAAUGACCGGCCACGUAUCUAUAAAAUUAGCAUCUGAAAGAGUUAAUCAUUGUGUAGCGUCUUCUAAUGAGUUGCCCCGUUUUUACACUCCUGGUGAGGUUAUAACUGGUAUGCAAGAUUAUAUGCGGGGUCAUGGAACCUACGCAGACGAUGACUGUCUCAAAUCUUCCGUGGCUGGAGUUAUGCAAAAAGUAAACAAACUCAUAUGCAUAAGACCUCUGAAAAGUCGUUAUGUGGGUGAAAUUGGCGACGUAGUGGUCGGAAGAGUUCUAGAAGUGCAACAGAAAAGAUGGAAGGUUGAGACAAAUUCACGUCUUGACUCUGUACUGCAGUUAUCAUCAGUUAACCUUCCAGGUGGAGAAUUGCGUCGACGAUCAGCAGAAGAUGAACAAAUGAUGAGGAAGCAUUUGCAGGAGGGAGACCUGAUAAGUGCAGAGGUUCAGAGCAUUUUCUCUGAUGGUUCCCUCUCAUUGCACACUCGAAGUUUGAAAUAUGGAAAGCUUUCGCAGGGAACAUUGGUCAAAGUUUUUCCAUCACUGAUUAAAAGAAGGAAGAAUCAUUUCCACAAUUUGCCAUGUGGAGUGUCAGUAAUUAUUGGAAACAAUGGAUAUGUGUGGAUAAGUCCUCAGAAGCAAGAGGCUAUGUUAGAAGAGCACAAGGAAGAUAUUGACAGCUGUGAAUUAGAGCCUGUGAGCAGAUCAGACAGAGAAGCCAUGGCCAGAGUCAAGAACUGUAUUGCAGCUCUAGUGGCUUCAAAAAUGAUGCUUGAUGAUACCAGCAUCAUGUUUGCAUAUGAAGAAAGUCUCAAGUAUGAUGCAGUUAAAGAUCUUUUGGACCCUGAAGCUAUGUUGGAUAUAGCUUUCUUAACACAACACAGAAUAAAUAAUAUUAUGGAAGAGUAAAUGUGGGUUUAAUUU